AUAACCUAGCAACAACGUAAAUGGCGGAAAUGAUAUCUUAUAGUAAUACUUUGUGAAAAAAAAACAUUAAUUAAAAAGAUUCUAAUAAGUUUAUUUUCUCAGAAUGCCGAAGAAAGGCAAGAAGGGAAAGGGAAAGAAGGGGAAAAAGGGAAAGAAAGGAAAAAAGGGAAUGGGAAAAGAGAAAAAAGAAUCAGUAGUUGCAUUGGCAGCAGCUAAUUCAAAAGUUUGGGAAACAAGACUUGAAAUUUCCGAGCGAUCAAAACAAGAAUAUAGAGAUACUGCAAAAAAGUUGAUGUUAGAAAAUGAUGCACUUCAAACUCAGAUGUUUCAGACAGAGCGAGACACCAUUGAUGUUAUUACAUAUCUUAAACAGCAGGAUCAAGAUAAAGAGUCUCAAUUAGAGCAGCUACAGCAUCAGAUUCGAGACCUCAAGAAAGAACAAAGAAAAGAAAAAGAGAGUAUCAUUGAAGACUUUAGUAAGCAGAUUAAUGAGCUAGAGACAAAACUUGGUGAGAAGAUACGGGAGGUUGAUCUAAUGCAUAAUGAGCUCAAAUUGGUCAAAGAGUUUAGAAGAAAAAGAGGGCAAAUGCAGAAAGAUCUGGAAGAUAUCAAAGAAGCCAUGCAUAAUGCUAGCAGAGAACACAAGGCUACCACUGGUCGUAUGGAACAAAAGUUUUUUGAAGAAAAGAUGAGACUUCAACAAGAAGCUAAUCAAAAAAUAGCAGAAUUGGCAGAGAAAGCUCACACAGAGGCCAUAGGAAACCUUGAUGAAACUACCAAGUCAGUGUACAAGGAAAAUGUUCGACUAACAGAGUCUCUGAACUAUCACAUGAAAGAAGGAGAUCUUUUGAAAAAGGAGAGAGAUAGACUGUUGGCAGAGAAUGAAACUUUGAUAGAAGAAAGGGAAGUUAAAGAUUUGAUGGUAAAAGAAAAGGUUGCACAAGUUAAGAAUCAAAAAGACAAAAUAAAACAGCUAAAUGAAAAGAUUGAAACGUUGGAGAAAUCUUUGAGUCAUAUUGUACGUGAGUUUGAAACAGAAAAAAAAGCAAUUAUUCAGCGAGGAGAGAUAGAAAAUGAAGCAGCAAAAGUUGAAAUAGUUAAAUUGCAGAGAACAAUUGAAUUAAAAACACGUGAAAUGAACAAAGUAAAGCGGUUAGCAAAAAAUAUCCUAGAUGAGAGAACAGAACUGGAGAGAUUUUUCCUUGUAAGCCUGGAACAGGUGAAGGCCGAAGUAGCAGCCAAUCAAGCACAAUAUAGGAAAGAUGCAAGAAUUGCUUAUCAACAAAAAAUGUUGGCUGCCCAUGCUGGAAAAAGUGACUUCCCAAAAAUUCGGACAUUCAAUCAAAUGGAGCACAGCACAAACAGUGUUUUUAGAGAUAUUGAGGCUGCUGAGAUGUUGAAGAAGUUGAUGGAAAAGUAUGGCACUAGUGGAAGAGUUGACAUCAGUGAUUUAACCUGGGAGCAAAAAGAAAGAGUGUUAAGAUAUCUCUUUGCAAAAAUGAAUGGAAAUAAGAGUCAGCAUAAAUUGUCUCCCCUGCCAGGUAUCAACACAAAAGAGGAUCAGCCACUGAGUAUCACACAGGGAGAAAACAGUGAGUCUAAAGAUGACCAGACGUUCCUAACUCAGGCCCAUGUUGAUUUGGUCAACCAGUUUCACAGUCUCAACUUGUCAGAACCCCCGGCACAGUUAACAUAAACUUUCUGGACAGAAACCAAUCUUGACCUGUGUUUUUAUGGUGUGGCACUCGAGUUUUUCAUGAGUGGAAUCGGUUUUUGUCUCACUUUUUUUGUCCUAUUAUGAAAUGGAUGUCCAAACAUAGAAAAUAAUUGUAGUUGGGGAAAGUGAGUAGUGUUAAAAAGGUUACCACAAAAUCAUCAAAAAAUUAGCAAUAGAUUUUAUAACAUGAAAAUUAUGGAUAUUCACAAGGGGGAGACAAGCAAAGGUAUAAAAAAAAAAUUGACCCGUGUACUGGUAAUGAUUUUUAGUAAUAGAAAGAAUGAUUUUACUGUUAGAAUAAUUUUGUUCAUUUUUUAUGUAACUCAGUUCUGGAUUGUAAUAAGCUGUGGUGAUUUAUUUUUUAUGGAAUGCAAUUACUUUGAAUUAUAUGUGUAUCAAAUAAAUUUUGUUUAUUAAAA